AUGGGCGACCCUCGAAUUGACGCAGCCCUGGCUGCUGGCGACGUGCCUCGGAGAAUCAGCGUCGCAAUCCUCGAAAUGAACCGAGACCUUUCGGCCACCGUUAGCAUCGUCAUCGUCACGGCCCUGGCUACUUUGAUCGUCUUGUGCAGACUGCUCUCGCGGAGAUUCAUUAUCAAGCGCUUCGGACUUGGCCUCGACGAUGGAAUCGCGCUCGCGUCGCUGGUUGUCUUUAUUCCAUUCGCGGCGCUAUGCUUGGAGCUUAUUCAGAUAGGCGGGGGACGAACAUUUCCCUUUAUCGAAUUCGUCCUCGACGAAGCGACAGCCAAGAGAAUCCAGGUCAUCGACUCUAUUGCGCAUUUGGUCUACAGCACCGCGCUUCUGCUCUGCCGCGUAUCGGGUCUCGCCUUCUACUACCGCAUCUGUGCUUUGCACAAGGAGUUUCUCAUCGCAAUCAGGGUCAUCUUCGCAGUCUUAAUCGUCGGCUACCUGGUGCAGAUGCUGCUCGUCAUCUUCCACUGUAAGCCUGUGAACAUGGCUUGGUUGCCUACAUCCAACGACGACGAGCUUUGGAAUGCUACGUGUUUGCAAUGGUAUCAGGUAUACAGCACCAUCUCCGGCAUCUCGCUCGCCUGCGACUUUUUACUCUUCGGCCUCCCGGUGGCAAUGCUUAAGAUCCUAGAUAUGCCACGGAAACAAAUGGUUCAACUAGCCUGUAUCCUCUUACCAGGCCUUGUCGUAGUAGGCAUUUCUUGUGGUCGAGUCGCGCUCGUCGUUUUCUACGGCAACGAGGAACCUAGAACGUUCAAAUUUGCAUUUCUUAGACUGCUCAUCGUCGAAGUCUCCGAGGUUAGCGCGACGCUCAUUGCCCUUUCAAUCCCGGGAGUCAAGCCGAUGGUGGAUAAGUUCAUCUUGCGAAAAGACAAUUGUUCGGAGUUUGGCGGAUCCAGGAUCUCCUCCAACAGGGGCAGCAUCGGGUCCCAGAGCUCGGGGCUGAGCACCUUAAAGGGGCUAUCGCAUUUCAACGUGCUCGGCGACGAGAGCGCCGCCCAAUACGGGGCAGCGGUGUGCCUGGGUGAGCAGAAACAAGACAGGAAGCAAGAGGGCAUCCAAGUGACGGUGGAUGUCUACGUCGAAGACGGACGAAGCAAGCCGACAAAAGGAAGACAGAACUUCAUAUAG